AUGAAAACAAAUAAGAGAUUAAUAAAUAUCAGAAGAUUAUAAUAAUAAUUAUAGAUUCAAGAGAAGAGUAUGCUAAAGAUUAAUUUUUGGAAGAGAGAUACAAACAACAUAAACUUAGAUUUGAUUGGUAUGUUAAAUGACCUUAACUUUAAUUCUAUCUUGAAUAAACUCAAUAAAAUAUAAGUCAAGAGAACUCAAUCUUAAUCGAAAUUCUGCUCUAUCUGA